UUUCCUGUUGUGUAUCAGGUGAUGCAGGUGAAGGGGCGGAGCCUGGAACACGGUGGGUUUGAUUCCAAAGUUGUGACUCAUCAGCAGAAAUGUUGUGUGUGUGUGUGCGCAGUUCCGCUCACCUGACAGCAGCAGGGGUCAGAGUUCACACACAUCGAUGUCAGCUGACUCUUGUGUGUGAUCACAUGUUCAUGUUCGGACGUCUCACUCUGCCUGAGAUUCUGCUGCUCACAGAAGGAACAAGAAUCAGGGGAAAAGACUUUAAGGUUUCAGGAUGGACGUGGUCGAGGAGGACGGAGCGGGGCGAGUCAGAGAGCUGCAGGAGCAGAGGAUGAUGGUCCAGAAAAAAACCUUCACCAAGUGGAUGAACAGUGUUUUCUCUAAGAACAGGGAGGACGUGGAGUUGACUGACGUCUACACGGAGCUGAAGACCGGCGUCGCUCUGAUUCGUCUUCUGGAGCUCAUCUCCAGGGAGACGCUGCCUCCGCCCGCUCGACGCACACUCAGAGUCCACUGUCUGGAGAACAACAGCAUCGCCAUUAGCUUCCUCAAAACCAAGAUUCGAGUGGAUCUGAUCGGUCCAGAGAAUGUGGUGGACGGGGACCGGACCCUGAUCCUGGGUCUGUUGUGGAUCAUCAUCCUCAGGUUCCAGAUCGGACCCAUAGACCUGGAUGAGGGUGGGGCCAGUGUAGCUCGUCGCUCAGCGAGAGAGGCUCUGUUGAUCUGGUGUCAGAGGAAAACGUCAGGUUAUGUCGGUGUGGACGUACAGGACUUUUCCUCCAGCUGGAGAGAUGGACUCGCCUUCAACGCCCUCAUCCAUGCCCACCGGCCCGACCUUUUCGACUACCGCCGUCUCCAUGGCGACGACGCUCGGCGUAACCUGGAACACGCCUUCUCCGUGGCGGAGCGUGAGUUUGGGAUCAUGCAGCUGCUGGAGGUGGACGACAUGGUGGUCCCUCACCCUGACGAGAAGUCCAUCAUGACCUACGUGUCGCUUUACUACCACUACUUCUCCAAGAUGAAGCAGGGUCAGACCAUCCAGAAGAGGCUCGCCAAGAUUGUUGGUCUGCUGAUGGAGCUGGCCGACAUGAAGGUCCAGUACGAGAGGAUGGUCUCAGAUCUGCUGCACUGGAUCAGAACCAAGGUGCUCCAGCUCGACGACCGACGCUUCCCCAACUCUCUGAGGGACAUGCAGGCGCUGGUGACGUCUUUCAAGACCUUCAGGACCGUGGAGAAGCCUCCCAAGUACCAGGAACGUGGGGCGAUUGAGGCUCAUCUGUUCAGUCUGAAGACUCAGCUGCUCGCCAACAACCAGAGAGCCUUCAAUCCUCCAGAGGGUAAAACUCUGAGUGACAUAGAGAAGAGUUGGGUUUUGCUGGAAAAAGCCGAGCAUGAGAGAGAACGAGCUCUGCAGGGGGCGCUGCUCCGUCUGGAGAACCUGGAGCAGCUCGCACAGAAGUUUGGGAGGAAGGCCACGCUGAGGGAGGGUUAUCUGGAGGACACGGUGCGUUUGAUCCGGAGACAGGACAUCCGGGGUCUGUCCACUCUGGAGGAGGCUCAGGCGGCGGGGCGGCGUCUGGAGGCUCUGUCCACAGACGCCGUGGCCAGAGAGCCGCGCUUCACUGCUCUGAGAGACAUGGCCCAGCACAUCCAGAGAGGAGGGUACCACAGCAAGGAGCAGGUCACGAGGAGGGAGGAGAGCAUCAGUCUACGAUGGAAGAACCUGCUGCAGCAGCUGCAGGAACACAGGGGGCUGCUGGGAAAUGUAGUCAAGACUCUCGGCAUCCUGCGAGACAUUGAACUUGUCUCGCAGGAGCUGAAGGAGCUGCAGGCUCAGGCCUCCUCCUCUGACCUGGGGAAGCAGCUACCCGAGGUGGAGGCGCUCCUUCAGAAGCAGGACCUCCUGGAAGCUCAGAUCUCGGCCCACGGCGAAACCAUCGCCGCCAUCAGCGGCAGAGCUCCAAAGGGAAACGUGAGUGACGAUCAGCAGAUUCAGAGCAGAGUGAGCGCUCUCCACGCCCAAUACAAAUCCCUGGUUUCACUCAGCAGCAGCAGGAGGUCACAGUUGGAGGCUCAGUUCAGGUUGUUCGAGUUCUUCCAUGACUGUGAGGAGUUGGAUGCGUGGCUGUACGAGCGCCGGCUGAGGCUGCAGACGACCGGACUCGGACGAGACCUCAACCACGUCCAGCUGGCCCAACACAAACACAAGUUGCUAGAAGCAGAGAUCCAGGCUCAGAAUGUUCAAUACCAGGGGGUUCUGGGUCGAGGUCGGGAUCAGCUGUCCAGACUGAGCCGUGUCAACCAGCAAGCUGUCCACAAAUGGAUCAGAACUUUACAGAAGCAGUGGAGCCACCUGAGUGAUGAGGUGACUGGACGCCGCGACAGACUGCAGGCUGCCGCCACCAUCAAACAGUACUUUGCAGACGUGGGAGAAGCCAAAUCCUGGUUGGGAGACCGGAAACCGCUGCUGACCAGUGACGACCAAGGCACUGUCGAGUCCAGCACAGCGGCGCUGCUGCAGCGCCACCUUUGGGUAGAGAAGGAGAUGGUGGCGUACGCUGUGGAGAUAAAGAGGCUGUCAGAGCAGGCGAAGAGCACCGUGCAGCUAACAGCUCUGACCGCGGAGCCUCAGCAGAGCCAAAUUAUCCAUUACAGCGACUCGUCUGGAGAGGAGGAGGAGGAGUCACCAGAAGCUGGGCGGGGCUCUGUGAGCCACUCCCCUCAGAGUGGCGAGAGCAAGGCAAAGGUCCGCUUCAAAUACAGCAGAGGCCAGUGUCCGUGGGAUCGCAACGAGAUCGUGACGCUCGUCGGCCAUGAGCCGGACGGAGAUCGAGUUCUGGCCAGAGAUGGACGAGGAAACCAGCAGCUCAUCCCCAAAACUUACCUGACCCUGCUCCUCCCAGCCACCGCUCCUCCUCCCUGGCAGCCCGUCUCCACCAGUGAAGAUCCAGCGAGCAGGAGGCCGAGUCGUACAAGGAGAAGCCGCUCCAUGCGUCGCGGCACGAGCGAGAUCCAGACCACAUCGCUGCCAGACCCACAGUACCAGCGAGACACUGUGGAGAGCACGCAGCACGCACUGCAGCAGGACUACACCUCCCUGUACAACCUGGUCAAGUCAAAGACUCUGCGUCUGGAGCAGACGCUGAGCCUGCAUCGAUUCUACAACAGCUGCCAGGAGUUUGAGUCGUGGAUGGAAGACAAGGAGAACGUCCUGAACACCUUCAGCAGCGACGCAGCAGACGACCUGGGAGUGGUGCAGGCCAAAUUCGAGAAUUUUUUGACCGAGUUGGUGAGUGGGCGUGGCCAGUUGGAUGACAUCAUGAAAAUGGCAGAGGAGCUGAUGAAGAGUGGGCACAGUAAACAAAGACAGAUCCAGGCCAGACAGAGGACGGUGUCCAACAGGUGGGACGCAAUCCAGCGGCUGAAGGACGAGAAGGGACACGAGCUGCUGAGUUCGGCGGACGUGCAGUCGUUCCUGCUGAGCUGCGAGGAGGCUAAAGCUCUGCUGCUCGGUCAGCUGGACCGGCUCAGCGCCGUGGACGUGGGCUGCAGCUCCUUCCUGCUGCAGAACGAGGAGAAGAACCAGGCCCAGGCUCUCAGAGACAUCCAGACCCUGGAGGUCAAGAUUGCUUACCUGAAGAACGUCGCCAAGAUGAAGCAGGACUGCAGUCCAGCAGAGAGUGCGGCCAUCAUGGACGAGGUUCAUGAGCUGGAGACUCUGCUCAAACAGGUCAAGCACCAGGCAGCAGAGCGACAGCGCCUCCUGGAGGAGGCACGCAGGCUGCAGAGCUUCCAGCAGCAGGCCAAAGAGCUGCAGCUCUGGGCGAGUUCUGUGCAGGAGCGCCUCCUGCAGGAGGAGGCGGCCACUGACGUGGCCUCGGCCGUCGCGCUGCUCCAGCAACACGAGGAGCUGCGGCUGGAGAUGGAGGAGCAGAGGGGCAGACUGGUGCAGAUGGAGAAGUUGGGGAAAAGUCUUCAGGGAUUCUCAGACGGGAAGACCGGGAACAUGGACAUCCGGCAAACCAUGGACAACCUCGCCACCGAUUGGUCCAGACUGGACAGGUUGUGGAGCAGUAGGAAGCAGCGCUUGGAGCAGGGGGUGGAGCUCCAGAGGCUCAACCAGGAGGGAGACCGGAUCGAGGCGGCGCUGUCUGGACACGAAGCCAGACUGAAGGUCAAAGACGUCGGGGACUCGGUGGACAGUGUCCACAGUCUGUUGGGUCGUCAGGACGAGCUGGACGGUCUCCUGAAGGCUUUGGACCAACGGGUCGAUCAUUUCAGUGAACGCAGCCUGGAGCUCAUCAACCAACAGCACUACGCUGCAAAACACAUCAAAGAGAGAAGCAGGAGCAUCCAGAAGACCAACAGGAAGCUGAAAGACAGCACCAGGCAGAGGAGGAGUCUGCUGCUGGCCUCCAAGAAAUACCAGGAGUUUCAGAGAGACACGGACGAGCUGCUGCUGUGGACGGACGAGAAGUUCAAAGUGGCCGAGGACGAGUCGUACCGCGAGCCCACCGGCGUCCUCCCCAAGCUGAAGAGACACGAGGCGGCGGAGAGCGAGCUGCAGGCCAACCACGUGUGGCUGGACACGCUCCUCCAGCUGGGACAGGAGAUGCUCCAUGAAGAGCAUCACCAAAGUCAGAGCAUCAGCAGGAAGAUGUCCCAGCUCAGCAGCCGCUGGAGCAGACUGCAGGACAAGAUGGCCGACAGAGGGGACAAACUGAGACAGGCGGGACAGCAGGAGCAGCUGAUGGAGCUGCUGCAGGACGCCAACGGGAAGAUCCAAGCCAUUCAGUGGAUGCUGAACAACGCCGCCAAAGGUCACGACCUGCGCUCCAGUCGACAGCUGAUGAAGGAGCAUCAGCAGCUGGAGAUGGAGGCCAAGGAGCUGGCGGAGAAAAUCAACUCCAUCAUCAGCAGAGCCAAACACCUGGCCUCCAACCACUUUGACUCUCACAGGAUCCUGCAGGAGACGGACACUUACCUGACCCUGUUCAAAUCCCUCCAGAAGCCUCUGGACCUGCGGCGAGCUCAGCUGGAGGCGGCGGUGCUGCUGUUUGGGUUCUACCACGAUGUAGAUCUGGAGCUGAGCUGGAUCUGUGAACACCUUCCUGCCUCUGGGUCCACGGGGUACGACAAGUCUCUGUCUGGAGCCAUCAGUCUGAUGAAGAAACACAAGGACUUACAGGCGGAGGUUAACGCCCACAGGAAACACCUGAACUACAUAUUGGAGAAGGGGCGGAGCCUGGCCAAAACCAGUAAAUCAGAGGGAGAGCAAGUUCUCCAGAGGUGCAGCCAUCUGACUGCAGAGUGGGAGGAGCUUGAGGAGGCGUGCCACAGGCGAGCAGCUCACCUCAGUAAAGCCAUCACCAGAGAACAGCUUCUGUUGGACUGUUCUGAGCUGGAGUCCAGACUCACAGAGUCCAUCAGCCUGGUGAACACUGACGACUAUGGCAAAGACCAGCUGGCCACCCUGAGUCUCCUCUCCAAACACCAGGUGCUGCAGGGUCAGCUGGAGGUGCUGCAGGUGGAGGUGGAGGAGCUGGGAGACCAGGUUGCGCAGGCGGUUCAGGACUGGGGUCUGCAGGAGCUCAGCAGACCCUACAGCCGCCUGAGUGGACUGAACCAGCAGCUGCAGCACCAGGCUGCUCUCAGGGGUCAAAGGUUAAAGGAAGUCCUCCAUCUCCAUGAGUUCAGACGGGAGUCUUCAGAGUUGGAGGAGUGGAUGAAGCAGCAGAGACAGGCGGCAGAGUGUCAGGACCUGGGCAAUGACUACCAACAUGUUCAGUUGCUCCGCGGGAAGUUUGACGGUUUCCUGAAGCAGCUGGAGGUCGGAGAGGAGCGACUGCAGAACUGCAGUGACGCGGCCGCUCGCCUCGUCCGCAGCAAACAUCCACAGAGCGCCGCGGUCAGAGACGCUCUCCACAAACUCAGUGCAUGCUGGGAGGAGUUGAAGGGCGUGGCCAGAGAGCGUCGGGAUCAGCUGCUCACAGCCGAGGAGUGUCACCGCUUUUACCAAGAGCUGAUGGACGCGCUGACGCUCAUCCAGGAGAGGAAGAAGAGUAUCCCUGACGAUGUGGCGAAGGAUCUACGAGGAGUGACGUCCCAGCUGAGGAAACACGAGGCUCUGCUGCACGAGCUGGCCACCACAGAGCAACAGUUGCAGGAACAGCUGGACGCCGUCAACCCCAUCCUGGACCUGUGCACACCUCACUUGAGGCUCCGCCUCCAGGACGUGCAGCAGGAGGUGGUGGAGUGGUGGGAGGAGCUCCGUCUCCACACUGAGCAGAGGGAGGAGGAGCUUAAAUUAGCCUGUCAGCGUUACCUGUUCCUGAACACGGUGCAGGAUUACUUCCUGUGGAGCAGUCAGCUGAUUGGAGCGAUGGCCGCCGAGGAGAGCAUCAGCGACGUGGCCACCGCCGACCUCCAGCUCGCUCAGCACCAGCAGCUGUGGGCGGAGAUGGAGGUCAGACAGGAGACGUACCAGCAGGCUGUGGACGUAGGAGAAGAGCUGCAGGCGAGGGACACAAGCCACCGCGCGGAGGUGCUGGAGAAGCUGGAUGCUCUGCAGGUGGAGCGUGACAAACUGGAGGAGCGUUGGAGGAGGAAACAGAGCUGGUUAGAAACCGUUUACGUGGAGCAGGUCUUCUACAGAGACGUCAGCAGCGUGGACAAGAUCUCCAGCUCUCAGGAGGUUCUGCUGCAGAACAGCACUCUGGGAAACACGGUGGACGAGACGGAAGGUUUGAUCAAACGCCACGAAGCUUUUGAGAAGCUGCUCAACUCGCAGGACGACAAGCUCUUCUCCCUGAAGGACCUGGCUGAGCAGCUGAAGAAGCAGCUGAGCCCAGAGAAGAGUGGGCGUGUCCGAGCCAAACUCAAAGCCCUCCUUCAGAAACGGGAUAGGAUCAAGGAGCUGUCAGUCAAACGCAGGGAGGAGCUAGAGCUUUCCAGGAUGUUGUGCAUCUUCGGUCGCGAUGUUGCUCAGGCCGAGGAGUGGGUUUCUGAGCGGAGGCACAAGAUGGCGGAGGAUGAGAAAGUCGACCUGAGCAACCUGCAGACCAAGAUGAAGCUUCUCCAGAGACACCAGGUGUUUGAGGCCGAGAUCCUCGCUCACAGCGAGAUCAUCGGCUCUGUGCAGCAGGCUGGAGAAGAACUGGUCUCCCUUCAUCACUCAAGCUCCAAGGAGGUGAAGAGGCGCAUCGCCGCUCUGCUGCUCCACUGGGAGGAGCUAAAGAAGGCCAUGGCCUUGCGAGGGAAAGCUCUGGAAGAUAACCGAGACUUCCUGGAGUUCCUGCAGAAGGUGGAGGAGGUGGAGGCCUGGAUCCGAUUCAAGGAGGUGAUGGUGAACGUAGGAGAUGUUGGCGAGGACUACGAACACGGAGUUCAGCUCCUGAAGAAACUGUGCGAGUUUAGAGGAGGUGGAGAUGGGGAGGCAACGGUGGACGACGCCCACGUCACCGCCAUCGACAGACUGGCGUCCAGACUGGAGAAGAGACAGAGCGGCAACGAACUGGAGACUGUCCGACGGCGGAGACGACAACUCAACGACAGGUGGAGCAAGUUUCACGGAGACCUGAGCUCCUACAGGAGGAAGCUGGAGGAGGCGCUGGUGGUCCACGCCUUCAUCAGAGAGUUGGAGGAGGUCAGGGACAGAGCCAACGAGAAGAUGCUGCUGCUUCAGAGUCACGACUGUGGGUCUGAUGUGGAGAGUGUGGAGAACCUGAUGAGACGCCACGAGGAAACAGAGAGGGAGGUCGGGGUCAUCCAGGAGAGGUCAAAGACUCUGGAGACGGAGGCAUCGGUUCACCUGAGGGCUUCAUCAGUGAUGGACGACAAACUGAAGAACAAACGGAAGGACACUCUGAAGACUCUGAAGACUCUGGACACACAAGUAAAACACCGGAAGGAGAAACUGCAUGAAGCUCACCAGCUGCAGCUCUUCAGAGCCAACCAGCGCCUCCUGCUGGAGUGGAGCGUCAAACAGAGCAGCGAGUUGGCAGAGAAAGGUCUGCCCAAAACCAGAGCCGAGGCCGACCGGCUCAUCCUGGAGCACCAGGACUGGAGGACGGAGAUCCACGCCCGCACAGAGCGCAUGGACUCUGUUCGGGACUUUGGUCUGGGUCUGACCCGGUCUGGUCACAGGUCAAAGGCAGAGAUCCAGAAGUGUCUGAUCCAGCUGGAGGAAGCUAAAGCUGAACUGGACCGAGCCUGGCUGACCCGCAGCAGCACGCUGGAGCAGGCCCGGACCCUGCAGGUGUUCCUGGUCUCAGUGGAGCAGUGUGAAAGCUGGCUCAGCAAUAAGGAAGCGUUCCUGUCCAAUCAGGACCUGGGGAGCUCGCUGACACAGGUGGAGACUCUGCAGAGGAGACACACUCAGUUUGAGGAGGCUCUGGAGGCUCAGGUGGAGCAGCUGGACCAGGUGGAGAAACAGGCUCAGAAGAUGAUCCAGCAGAAACACUACGACGCCGACAACAUCAGAGCCAAGAGCAACGUGCUCGCCGCCAGGCGGAGUCAGCUGCAGCAGCGGAGUCGACGUCGUCACAAAGAUCUGGAUCAGUCACUGCAGCUGCAGCAGUUUUUAUCCAGCAGUUACCAGGUGUGUGUGUGGCUAAAUGAGCGUAAUGCUGUGGCUUUGGAUGAGAACUGGAGGGAACCAACUAACCUUCAGGCCAAACUGCUGAAACAUCAGAGCUUCGAGGCUGAGAUCCUGGCUAACCGCUACAGAGUGGACACACUCACCAAGGAAGCAGAGAAGCUGUUGUCCGUGCUCGGUUCAGCUGACGCGAAGGUUGGAUCUCGUCUCAGAGAGCUGCAGGACAGCUGGGACGUCCUCGUCCACAGCUGUCGGGAGAAGAGGACCCGGCUACAAGAGGCGCACCAGGCACUGCAGUUCCAGCGCUCACUGGACGACGUGGAACAGUGCGUCUCGUCCGUGGAGACGGAAGUGUCCAGCGAGGACAGUGGCAGUGACCUGCCGUCAGUUGUCAGACUGCUGAAGACUCUGCAGGCUCUGGAGGACGAGGUGGACGGACUGCGAGACAGAAUCCAGGGUCUCAUGGAUACAGCCAAGACUUUCCACUCUGAGGGAAACUUCCUGGCCGAGGAGAUCCAGACCAGAGUGACUCACACCAUCAACAGGUACAACGGUCUGUCGGAGCCCCUGCAGAGCCGCAGGGAAACCCUGGAGGCCUGGCAGGUUCUGUUCCAGUUCUACAGAGACCUGGAGGAGGAGUUGGCCUGGAUCAGAGACCGACUGCCCUGCGUCUCCGCUAAAGAGUGGGGGAGCUCACCGAGCGGCACCGAGCAGCUGCUGCUCAAGCACCAGGCUGUGAUGCAGGAGAUCUCAAGACACACGUCAUUGGUGCAGGCGGUUGAGGAGGCGGGGCAUAGUUUGGUGAGUGGUCGUCACUUUGCGUCUCAUGAUGUCCGCGAGCGUCUUCAGGAGCUGAAGCUUCUCCACGAGGAGCUGACGACGGCGGCGGAGACGAAGGAGAAGGUCCUGCAGGGGGCGCUGAGCAUCCACACCUUCCUGUCUGAGGUCUCAGAGCUGCAGCUCUGGCUCCAGGAGCAGCGAGCUGCUGUGGACUCUGAGGAUUGUGGGCGGAGCGAGGAGGCGUCGGCAGCUUUGCUGAGGAGGCUGGACUCUGUGGAUGUGGAGCUGGAGAACCAGAGGAGGGCGCUGUUGAGGCUGCAGGACAGUGGCGCGUCCCUGCAGCAGCUCUCACAUCCUCUCAGUCACCUGGUCUCUGAGUCCCUCCUGCUCGUCUCUGAGCUCUUGGACACCGUCCUCAGACUGUCUGUGUCUCGCCGCGCCUCUCUGGAGGACCAGCUCCGUCUCUACGUGUUUGAACGAGAGGCCAGAGAACUACAAAGAUGGCUGAUGUCCAAGAAGACGGCGGCAGAGUCCGAGGACUGUGGACAAGAUCUGGAGGACGUGGAGGUUUUGCAGAAGAAGCUGGAGGUUCUGGUGUUGGAGGUGUCAGGUCUGGGUCGCAGCAGACUGAGUGUGGUGCAACAGUUGGGUCGAGGGCUGCGUCGGGACGGCGAGGCGCGCAAGAUAGACGAAGCCGUCAGCAGGAUGUGGGAGGAGCUUAACGGCAGCAUCAGGACCAGGCAGCAGAACCUGCAGGGGGCGAGAGAGAUCCAUCAGUUUAACCACGACGUGGACGAGCUGAAGGCCUGGAUAGCUGAGAAGGAGGCGGUGCUGGACUCAGAGGACCAGGACCAGGACCUGGACCUGCAGUCCAUCCAGACUCUGCUGAGACAACAUGAGGCUCUGGAGAGGGACCUGCUGCUGAUCUCUGAGGAACUGAGCAGGAGGAAGGAAGAGGGCGGAGCUUUGAGUGGACGCCGCCCUCGCUCGUCUCACUCGGUGUCUCAGAAGCUUCAGGAGCUGGACGUCUGCUGGACACGCGUCCACGACAAAGCCUCACAGCGCCGCCACACACUGGACCGAGCCGGACACGUGCACAAAUACUUCUGUCUCUGGACAGAGCUCAUGGCAUGGCUGAAGGAGAUGCUGUCUCUGAUGCGGGGGGAGGGGCAAAGCGUGGAGGGCGUCGACCUGGAGCACCUCAUCGAGAAACACGACGAGCGCCACGCCCACAUCGAGCGGCAGCUCAAAAAAUCAUGCGCUGUGAAGGACGAAGGGUGGCGACUCGUCGGGGAGGGGAGUUUCAUGUCGCGGGAGGUGGAGCAGCGACUGAGCAAGCUGGAGGAGCUGGAGACGCAGGUGGUGCAGGUGUGGGAGGAGACCAGGCUGUGGUACGAGGAGGAGCUGGAGAUCUCGCUCCUGCAGAGGGAGCUGGAGCAGGCGGAGCGAUGGCUGAGCUCGUACGAAAACACGCUGACGGCCGACGACUACGGAGACACUGUCUCUGAUGUCCAGGAGCUGCUGAAGAGGCAGGAGGACCUGGAGGCCAUGAUCCAGGCUCAGAGCGAGCGCUUCCUCAAACUGCAGAAGAAGAAAACACAGAGGGAGAAAAGACUUGGUCUCCAUGGAAAUGAGGAGGACAGGAAAUGUCCGGCCCGAGUCUCGUCCUUGAGGAGGAAACCGUCAGAUCCAAAGACGCCGCACAGACACAUUGUCCACCGAGUCAGGGUGUCCACACAGGAGGAGAAACCCUCUGCUGGUCCACCAUGGAGUCCAUCUGUGAGCCCAGAACCAGGUCCUCCGAGACAAAUGAGUCCCAGCAGGAAGAUGACGGCAGAAAGUCCUCCUGUUAGUCCCAGCACCCGUCCAAAUGUGAAGACCCGGAGACACCGACCCCUCUCCCCCUCUGCUCAACCAACCGUCAUAUCCUGGUCUAAACGGCUUUCCGAGGAAGAUGGUAACCCUGAGGGAAACCAGCUUUCUGAGAGGUCAUACCCUGAGGAAGACCAGUAUUCCAAGGAAAUCAGGUGUCCAGAUCAUCAUUUCCCAGAGGACCAGCGUUUCGAGGAAGACCAGCAUUGUGAGGAAGUCAAGCAUCAAGAUGAUCAUUUCCCAGAAGAGGACCGGCGUUUCAAGGAAGACCAGGGUUCUGAGGAAGUCAGGUAUCCAGAUGAUCAUUUCCCAGAGGAUCAAUGUUCCAAGGAAGACUGGUGUUCCGAGGAAUACCAGCAUUCAGAAGAUCAUUACCCUGAAGAAAUCCCUCAGUCCAGCUCGAAACCUCCUCUUGCUCCGAAGCCCAGAAUCUCCUCCACUCGACGAAGGUUCAGACGCCGCUACGAUCCUGCCAACCAGUCAGAGAAACCACCUGACUCGCCACCUCCAAUCAGACGGCUUGUUCCUCCAACUGACCCGCCUCCACCGCCCGUUGCUCCGCCUUCUGUGAGAAAGCGACUCAGCAACGUGGAUUUACCAGCGUGUGAACAACUCGCCUCCACGGCUCCACCUACUGAUGAACAGGUCACGUCAGCUGAACCAAUGAGGACGGACCGUGUGGAUCCACCUGACGUCUCUCCUCCAACCAGAAUGUUCCCUCCAACUCCUGCAAGGCGACGACGCUUAGAAGAUCUACGCGAGGAACUGCCCGCAGCUGAGGUGACUGCAGUACAGCCACUCAGGAUGCAGGGGGCGCUGGAGAUCAAAGUGAAACAGGCAGGAGUCAAGGGUUUUGACCACUGGGAGGAGCUGUUUGCUGUACUGGAGGGAGAAACACUCAGCCUGUACAAAGACCCAGCAGCAGCUGCACAGAGGACCACCAGGUGGCCUCCUAUCAACAUGGUUGGAGCGGUGUGCAAAGAGAACCCGUUCUUCAGGAGGAAGGAGAACACAUUCAAAGUCAUACUGGAGGACGGAAGUCACUUCCUGUUUGCUGCGUCAAGCAGAGAAGUUCAACAGCUGUGGACAAAGGCGCUGCAAAACCAAGGAACUGAAGAGAGAAGCAGUGACUCUGACGACUCAGGGAGGGCGUCGAGUCUGGAGAAAGUGACCGACGCUUGGGACAAAACGUCCUCGUCCGAACCAGUGGACGGACGCACUGAGAGCCUGGAGAGACAGUCGUCCUCUGAGGGACAUCCUCCUCCCAAACCUCCGCACACGUACUACGACAAACAUCGCUAUCCCCGCUGCGGUGAAGUGCCGUGCUCAGGUUUACAAACUCCGCCUCCUUCUGUAGCCCCUCCCACUCCACUGGACAGCCAGGCCCCGCCCACUCUGGCUGCCCAGGUAACAGACGACAAACCAAGGAAAGGUCGAGUUUUUCGGAAGUUUUUCGCCAAGAAAUGACAUGUGAUCUGUGACAUCAUCACCACAUGACACGUGUGACCUGUGACAUCAUCACCACCUGACAACUGACACCUGUGACAUCAUCACCACCUGACAUCUGUGACCUGACAUCAUCACCACCUGACAACUGACACCUGUGACAUCAUCACCACAUGACCGCGUGAUCAUCACCACCUGACAAC